AAUCAGUUGUUGGAGGUCGCCACCUUCUUGAUAAACUACAACGUUAAAAUUGCGAUGCUUCAUUUUAUGUUAAAACAAUAUAUAAACAGUAUUGAACAAAUUAAACGUUUAUUUUGUACCAAAAUGGACGAUACUAGGUUUUAUACGAAUUCAUUUAAAGAUUAUGAUGAAUCAUUUGAAGGUUCUUCUGAUCCUACUUCCAGUUACCUAGUAGAUGCUAAUACAAAGCAGAUUACUGAAAAAUACAAGGGAACAAUAUACAAACAUGUAGAAAGAUUGUUAGACCAGUUGGAAAAACAAAAAGAUUAUUGGACAUACGACGAUGAUUACUCUGUAUAUACAGGUUCGGCUGGAAUUGCAUACAUGUUUUACCAAUAUGGAAAAUGUCUUAAUAAACCUGUUUAUAUUGAUAAAGCUACAGAAUUAUUAAGUAUCUGUGUCCAAAAAUUCACAAGUAAAAAAGAAAUUACAUUCCUAACUGGCAUUGUGGGUCCAUUAGCUCUAAGUGCAGUUGUACUUCAUUCGCAAGGGAAUAAAGAGGAAUCACAGAAUAUGAUAUCAAAAUUAAAGUCAUUGCGUGGUCGUGUUUUGGUCAACCACUCAAACCUGCCUGAUGAAUUGCUUUAUGGCUUGGCUGGAUAUCUAUUUGCCCUUCUGUUUUUAAAUUCAAAUAUAUCUCCACCACCUAUAGAAGAUGAACUCAUUAAAGAGGUCAUUCAUUUUAUAAUUCAAUCUGGCAAAAUAUAUUCUGCAACAAGACAAUGCAAAUCACCUUUAAUGUAUGCUUGGCAUAAUACAGAAUAUAUUGGUGGUGCACACGGAUUGGCUGGAAUUCUUUAUAUAUUAUUGCAAGCACGACAAUACUUGACACAAGCUCAAUUGAAUGAGGAUAUCAAACCAGCAUUGCAAUAUCUUAAAAGUCUUCAAUAUUACUCUGGGAAUUUUCCAUCUUCUGUUGGAAAUCGUUCAGACAAAUUAAUACAUUGGUGCCAUGGAGCACCUGGAAUGUCUAUGCUAUUCUGUUUAGCUUACGAGGUGUAUCAAGAUCCUCAAUAUCUGGAGACUGCUAUAAAAUGUGGGGAAGUUAUUUGGUCAAGAGGGUUGCUUAAAAAGGGAUAUGGAAUAUGUCAUGGAGUAGCUGGGAAUGCUUAUACAUUCUUAUGCCUCUUUCAGCAAACAAAGGAUGUGAAGUACUUGUACAGAGCUUGUCAGUUUGCUGCUUGGUGCAUAGAUUAUGGCACACAUCAAACUAGAUCUCCUGAUAGGCCAUUUUCAUUAUUUGAAGGUCUUGCUGGUACCAUUUACUUUUUGAUUGACAUGCUAAAUCCACUUUCAGCUAAAUUUCCAGCAUACACAUUGUAGAAUAAGAAUAUUGUAAUCGAUUAAUACAUGUUUUCCACAAAUUUUCAGCCAACAAAAGAUUAUUAAAAUAAGAAAACUUACG